CUCUUCUUCUUUCUCUCACUCACUUUCCUUUUUUUCCUUUCUUCAAGGCUCAUUUAUUUAUCAACUGAAAUGAGACUGAUCCUCGGAAUAUUGAUCCUUUUAGCCAUUUUGAAGCUCGUGACCUGUCAAGAUGAUGGGUCCGACCUUGGUGAUGAUGGAUCAGACUCCGAUCAUCCGUCUGAUGAUCUUUCCGACACAUCCUCUGAAGAUGCAGGCACCUCAGAUACUUCAGAUGGCUCAGACAUGACAGACACAACAGACGCAACAGACGCAACAGACAAUCUGGGUACCUCGGACAAUACCUCACCUACCGAUAGUGGAUCAGUUAAUCCAACAGCCUGCACCGCUUUGAAUCAAUGGUACACAUCUCUAAAUGGUACCGGGUGGGCGGCCCGUACCGGAUGGGGUACUACUGAUAUGUCUACUUGCUGCACCUGGUAUGGCGUUGAGUGCAGUAUUCUCGGUCAAGUAACCAAAAUCCGAUUGGGGUCAAAUCGUCUCCAAGGUCAAUUGCCUAACAACCUCAACAUGCUUCCUGAUCUUACAAUGAUUGAUUUAAGUAAUAACCGCCUUUAUGGACCUCUUCCAGACACACUGUCUUCUGUUACCAAGCUACAGUCAUUUAAUGCUAAUUUUAACGAACUGAAUGGCACACUUCCGACUGCCUUUGGUAGCAUGCUUGCCUUGACUAGCGUUUACAUGAGAAACAACUCUUUCACUGGCACAGUUCCUGACAAUUGGGAAAGCUCUUUAACAUUAACAGAUCUCUACCUUGGAUCAAACAAACUUACUGGUCCAUUUCCAACCGCAUUGACCAAGUUAACUAAACUUGAAUACUUGGUAAUUGAUAAUAAUGGCUUCAAUGGCGCACUUCCAAAUGAGAUCGGCAAUCUGGUGAACCUCUUUACACUCAAUCUGAAGAAUAACAACUUUUAUGGACCUAUCCCUUCAACCAUUGGAAGUCUUGUUCGAUUAAACACCUUAACAUUGUCCUCUCAAGCGCUUAAUGGUACCAUCCCGGAUACUAUUUAUAAUCUUGUGAACCUUGAAAAACUUGAUCUUUCAAACAAUCGCUUGACAGGAAAUCUAUCUCCUAAAAUCGGAAGUCUGGUCAAAUUGACAAAAAUUAUGAUGAGCCACAAUGGACUCACAGGGGAUAUUCCUGAUCAGUUUGGAUCCCUCACACAGUUACAGUCCGUCAUGCUAAACUAUAAUAGUUUCAAUGGCCAGUUCCCUGCCACCACAGCACCUUUGCCCCUUGGAUUCUGUAACAUGAUUCCAAACCAAUUCCAGACCUGUCCCGACAAAAGUGUCCUCGGUAAUGUCGAAAGUCUCGCCUUCCAAUGUUCGGUAGAUUGUGGGCUGAUUACCGGCACUACUAAGAAAAAGAGCAGCGGCGUCCAGGUUACUCAUUCGAUUGGCAAGAUUUGCAUGGCUCUUUUUGUCAGUAUCAUUGCAUUACUUCUUUAGAAGAGAAAACAAUAGCAGUAAUAUAUUUAUAAGUAUUGUAUUGUAUUAUAUUAUAUUUUACUGUAAUUUAAAGCUUCUCAAAUUUCCCCUUCUCUUUAAUGUAAUUGAUCCAUGUAUUUCUAUUAUAUACAAGCUUCUGACCCUCGAUAAAUGUAUAAAUAAAGAGAUCCUCGAUAUAGACAAGAAAUCGUAUUUAAUCAUAUUU